UUCUAAUCCUUUGGAUGUUUUCCAUUCUGCAGAUGCUGAGUUUGUGUGUGAACGGACACUGAAAUAUUUUCUGGGAAUUGCAGGAGGAAAAUGGGUAGUUAGCUAUUUUUGGGUGACCCAGUCUAUUAAAGAAAGAAAGAUGCUGGAUGAGCAUGAUUUUGAAGUCAGAGGCGAUGUUGUCAAUGGAAGAAACCAUCAAGGCCCAAAGCGAGCAAGAGAAUCCCGGGACAGGAAGAUCUUCAAGGGCUUAGAAAUCUGUUGCUAUGGACCCUUUACCAAUAUGCCCACAGAUCAACUAGAGUGGAUGGUGCAUCUGUGUGGGGCUUCUGUGGUGAAGGAGCCCUCAUCAUUCACCCUCAGCCAGGGUACUCAACCAGUUGUGGUCGUGCAGCCGGAUGCCUGGACAGAAGGUGGUGGCUUCCAUGUCAUCGGGCAGAUGUGUGAAGCACCUGUGGUGACCCGAGAGUGGGUAUUGGACAGCGUAGCCCUCUGCCAGUGUCAGGAGCUGGACACCUACCUGAUACCCCAGGUCCCCCAGAGCUGCUACUGAUUCCAGCCAGCCAUGUAUAUAGGGGAAAGGGCCCGUCUCUGCAGGACCUCAAGAAUGAGCUUAAGAAAUGACCUUUUUCCAGGCCCAGGGAAAGCCCUCUUCAGUCCUUCCACAGCCCCGAUUCCUAAAUAUUUUAGGUACAUCAGCCUGAAAAGAACUUCUGGCUCUGCAAGUGUCCCUUAAAGAUUUUCUGCUUCAAGUCUCCCUUUGAAAUCUGCCAUGAGCACAAAAUUGUGGUAAUUUUUCACCUGAAAAGAAUUUAAAACCAUUUAAACCCCA